AUGGCCUUUGAGCCUCGGGGUGAGCCCCAUGGCGGCCAGGGAGGGCAGGAUGGUGCCUACAGGGCGCGAGGCCGCCGCCCCGUGACCGAUUACAGCUCGACCGUGCUGCAUUGGACCCGUCAUCGUGUCCCAAACUACAAGGGGUCAUACACGGGUGAGGCUGAGCGACCAAGCGGCAGCUACAUCAUCGAUAUGGUGCCUCCCGUCGGUAGGCCGACACAGGCUGCCGACUCUAUCCCACUCAAGCACCUGCACUCUUCACUCAACAAGAUCAAGCACCCGGUCAACGUGGUGCGGUGGACGCCCCAGGGUCGGCGACUGUUGACGGCGUCGACGAGCGGCGAGUUCACGCUGUGGAACGGCACGGGCUUCAACUUCGAGACCAUCAUGCAGGCCCACGACUCGGCCAUCCGCGCGAUGGAGUACUCGCAUAGCGGCGAGUGGCUGAUAUCGGCCGACCAGGACGGCAUCGUCAAGUACUGGCUGCCCAACUUCAACAAUGUCGAGAACAUCAACGCCCAUUCGGACCCCAUCCGCGACAUGGCCUUCAGCCCCAGCGACAACAAGUUCGUCACGGCGUCGGACGACUCGACGCUCAAGAUCUUCGACUUCGCCGGCGGCACCAUGGAGUCCAAGCUCGAGGGCCACGGCUGGGAUGCCAAGAGCGUGGACUGGCACAGCCGCAAGGGGCUCAUCGUGUCCGGAUCAAAGGACCACCUGGUCAAGCUGUGGGACCCGCGCCAGCGCAGCUGCCUGACGACGCUGCACGGCCACAAGAGCACCGUCACAAAGGUCCUCUUCGAGCGCCUGCGCGGCAACUGCCUCGCCACCUCGGCCCGCGACCAGACGGCCCGCGUCUUCGACCUGCGCACCAUGCGCGACAUCUGCCUCCUCAAGGGCAACGACAAGGACAUCUCCACCCUGGCCUGGCACCCCGUCCACCCCAACCUGCUGACGACGGGCGGCAUGGACGGCGCCAUCUUCCACUACCUCCUCGACACACCCAACCCCCCUCCCGGCCACCCCCUCACCCUCUCGCCCUGGGACACGCCGGAUCCGCGCUCGGCCCCGGCCCAGUCCAUCUGGCCCACCCACCGCGUCCCCUACGCCCACGACUACGCCGUCUGGACCCUGGACUGGCACCCGCUCGGCCACAUCAUGGCCUCGGGGUCCAACGACCGCAUCACCCGCUUCUGGACCCGCGCCCGCCCCGGCGACACCGACGUCUUCCAGGACCGCUACCACAUCGGCGAGGCCGCCGCCGAGGCCCAGGGCACGUGGGACAGGCGCGGGAACCGACGUCAGCGCCAGGAGGAGGAGGAGCAGGAGAUGGAGGACGAAGCCGACGCCCUCGUCGACCAGGACGCCACCACGCUGGCAUCCCGCCCCGCAGCCGCCAAUGCCAACCACGCCGGCGGUCCUCCGGGUCUAGGCUUACCCCCGGGCCUAUCCGUCCCAGGUCUAAGCCACGCCGUCGGCGGUGCGCUCCCGCCUCCUCCACCCCGCGGCAUCCCCGGCGUCGGCGGCGCUUCCGGAUCGGUGCCCCCCCCUCCACCCAUGCUCCCCGGUCUCAACGGCGGCGCCCCACCACCCCUGCCACCCCUCCCGGGCAUCGACCCGAACAACCCUCCCGACCCGGCCACGCUGUUCGAGAUGAUGAGGAACGCCGGCGUUCCCCUCCCGCCGCCGGGCUUCGUACCCCCCCCCGGAGACUUUGGCGGCGGUGGCCCCUCUGGCAUCCCGCCCCCACCCCCGCCCUCUGCUCUGGACGCGGGCUCGGCUGCCGCCAUGGCGGCUGCUGCUGCCGCGGCCGAAUCUGCCAGACGGAGAGCUCCGCUACCUAGUCAGGAGGACAGUCUCCGUUCUGAGCAGCGUCUGGGACGGUAUACGCGCUCCAGAUAG